AUGAGACAAAGCGUUCUUUUUCAAACUGUUAUUUGGAGCGGAAGAUGGCAAAGUGGUGCGGCAGCAACUGCUGGCGAAGAAGUUGAGCAAACAAAUUCGUAUUUGUCAAGUCUUGGCUCGACUACUAAAAAUAUGACGGCCUCCGGACGAGAAGAAUGCAUUACUGAACAUCUUCUGAGUUGGAACAAGCGAAAAAUUUUAAACUUGGCAAAAUCACUUGUUAUUCGAAUGAAAAAGACCGAAAGGAAACUUUCAUCUGCCAGGGACGAUUUUGUAAAGUUAAGAAGCGAACUUAAUGUCCAGGAUUCAGACUUGGACGACUCGAUAAUGCAGUGGAAAGAAGAAGUUCAACAAUUUGCGAGAGAAACAUGGUUUAGUAUUGAACAGUUCUGUACCUAUGGUUGA